CUGCUGGCACUUUAUUCAUAGCUGCAGGUUAGCUUGGAUGGUGAGCUGCUUCACCGCGCCAUAAAUGGAGGUGGUUUGGAGGUUUUAGAAAAAUAUUGGUGUGCUUCUGGUACGGGGAGGGACAUGCCGAUUGAUCUUCCUUUGCGAAUAGGGGACAGCUUUUUCCGAUCAUUUGGACUUUCUAGGGUGGCUGUUUACUCAAGAGGACCUUGUUACUUUUUCUGUGUCUGAUGAAGUUGGAAAGACGUCUUUGAUCACACGGUUCAUGUAUGACAGCUUUGACAACACAUAUCAGGCCACAAUUGGAAUUGACUUCCUGUCGAAAACCAUGUACUUGGAGGAUCGAACGGUGAGGUUGCAGCUAUGGGACACCGCAGGACAGGAGCGCUUCAGGAGCCUCAUUCCCAGUUACAUACGGGACUCCACUGUGGCCGUGGUGGUCUAUGACAUUACAAAUGUUAAUUCAUUCCAGCAGACAUCAAAGUGGAUUGAUGAUGUGAGAACGGAGAGAGGAAGUGAUGUCAUCAUUAUGCUUGUGGGCAAUAAAACAGACUUGGCAGAUAAGAGGCAAAUCACAAUCGAGGAGGGUGAGCAGAGGGCUAAGGAGCUGAGCGUCAUGUUCAUUGAGACCAGUGCCAAGACGGGUUACAAUGUCAAACAGCUGUUUCGACGUGUGGCGGCUGCUCUUCCGGGGAUGGAAAGUAUGCAAGAAACAAGCAAAGAGGGGAUGAUUGACAUCAAGUUGGACAAACCACAGGAGCCCCCAACUACUGAAGGCGGCUGCUCCUGUUAAUGGUCAAUACCACACUGGAAAACAUCAUUUACACCACAUGCUUCUUAUGUUGCUUCCCAUUGGUUAACCUACGGUUGAGUUUGCACCUUGAAAAUUGGCCUCUUUACUUGAUUAUCAGUGAUUGGUUGGAACUAGCAAUACAUGAAUUUGGUUAUAAAGUAGUGUAGCCUACUUUGUUGAUGAAACUGCCAAAAAGUCUUAAAAUUUGCACACAUACACAAAAAAAGAGAGAUCAACAUGUGAAAAAGGUCCCCAGUUUGCAUAUGUGUAUACUUUUUUAAGGAAAAUGUUUCCACAUUUUCUUUUGUAUUUUUGUAUAUUCAGGGAAAUCUCUCUGGAAAGUUUUUUGUUUGUUUGUUUGUUUGUUUGUUUGUGUAAAUGCCGAUAACCAAGUUCUGUAUUUGAGAGCUGGAUUGAAACUGACAGUCUUAGAGGUUACAGGACAGACUGAAAAGUAACAUCUGAGUAUCUAAUGCAUGCAUAGUUUUUGAGCAUAGGUACUGUCUACCAGUGUACACAAGUUUGAAUAUAUAAAUGCUAAUAUUACACCAGUGACUUAAUGCACUCUGAUAAUGACUAGUCAAAAGUCCAUUGUUUAUGAAUACUGUUGAACUGGAUUUGUAUACUUGACUUUAGAAUAUCUUUUGUCAUGUGUGUGUAAAUGUAUGCUUUCUGUAUAGGCAACGUUAGAAUGCAGUCAUAGAGGGCCACUGCCAAGUCGUGUCAUUCUAGAAACUCAUGUUCUUGCCACAUUACUGACAGACCUUUGUCACCAUUUAGGUUAUCAUUUGUUUGCAGUAUGUCAUAGGCUUCCCCACUCACAUUUAUGUGACAUCUGCUGUUGCAUUGUGUGAUGUCUUAGUAGCUGUGAUUAUGAUAGUCCGCAUACAACAUGUGAGCAGUGGACAGUGGGACUCUGCCUGGAGAGUCAAAGCCCUUGCCUUGCCUCACAGGGGAACACAAAGUUCCUUGUGUGGUGAUCUGUAUACUGUAAUUUAUGUUCUGUGAAAAUCAGACCUUCACAUUUUGAAGAUCAGCGCACCAUUUAAACCUGGUGAUCUUGAUGUUCAUAGCUGUUCAUUGAAGUUUCAUUCCUGUCAAACAAAGAAAAGACUAAUUUGCACAUGUAGACCUUUCAGGUUAAUAUGAAGUUAUGAAAAGCUUCAUUGUAAAUAUACAGUCACAUAUAUCAAGUUCAGUUGUCAUACAAACUGUCACGUGAUGUGUCCCCACUAAGAUGAGGUUUACUUUGCUGCUUGUGUUAAAAUUGUUACUACUACUAAAGUUGGCAUUAUGCAAUGUUGCAAUGUUGUUUAAACUGAAUCUGGUCUUAUUUUUAGAGCCAGGUAUCUUAAUGUACUGGUAAUAAGGACAACCAGUGUUGAGAACACUACUAUGAUUUGAAUCGUCUUUGAAGUGAUAUCUUACUGCACUUUUUAAGAACAUGUUUUAGAAUUAGAGUGAAAAGUGUAAGUCUUACAAACACGGUAAAAUUACCAUUAUCUCCAUAAUAUUUGGAGUACUGUGUGUUGGACGUUAGUGUAGAAUAAAACAUUUAUGAAUUCUUCACACAUUUCCAAAAGAGGAGCACUCUUGUGAAUACUAGUGAACCUUUCUAACCCAUGUAAUGAGCCAAAUAGUAAGAGGCUGAGUUGGAUCCAACACCACAGGAGAUCUUAGCUGGAACACACACUCUUUUGGUGGUUUGGGAAUGACAAAGACUGGUUGAAUUGCAGACGCUGAAUUAUAGAGCAACCCCCUUGAGGUGAACAAUUGACGGUAUUUAAUUGAUUUUUGUUUUGCCACUAAAUAUUAAUACCAAUGCUCCUUGACAACUGUUUGAUGUUAUGUGAAGAAAGAUCUGGAGAUGACUUUUAAAAGAGGCUGCUUUAGAUUAAUAUUAGCAAGGCGUUUGUUUGCAGACAGCCUAGGUUGAAUGUCCCACCGAAAUUCUCAAAAAUUGAAUGGGCAAAAGAGUUGCAGAGGCACAUGACUAUUCAUGUUUGGGCACCAGAUGAACUACAAAACGUGAACUGCCAUAUUUAGUGUACCUACGAACGCCUGCUCAUAUGUACCAAAACAAACAGGUGUAUCAUUGUGUAUCAGAGCUCUGUAUUGCUGCCUCAUCUUUGUCUCUUCUGUUUCUGUGCAGAGUUAUUUAUUAUCCUGAAACAGGAAUGUAUUGCUCUCACUAUUGACCACAGAGCCUUGUAAGAAGAACACUUUUGGGGGGAGGGCAAGGUAAUGGGUAUUUAUUUUUAAUUACGGACAAAAUGAUUGAUCAGUUGCUAUAUAAACUUGUUUGUAUUUGUACUUGUUUGCAAAGCCCCUUAUAUGAGAAUUGAAUUCACCCUUGUUUCCCACAAGAAUAGGACCACUGUAACAUUUCUGUGAAUGGACCAAUGUUUCAGUGAUGCAGCAACAAAUGUCUUUGCGUGUUGGGGUCUACGUUUGAGGGGGGAGGCCACGGCCAUUCCUUGAGAGUGUGUAUGUUCUGUCACAGCUCUGCACAGCAGACCUGAUUAAUUCAGAGCUGGCUCUCCAUUCACACUGUAUAGAGAUCAAGCAUGUCUCUCCAAAUGAUCAAUAAAGAUGUCUUAUUACCAAAGUCA